AUGUACGACCCCGAGCGCGGCUGGAGCCUGUCCUUCGCCGGCUGCGGCUUCCUGGGCUUCUACUACGUCGGGGUGACCAGCUGCCUGAGCGAGCGCGCCCCGCACCUCCUUCGCCACGCGCGCAAGUUCUUUGGCGCCUCGGCGGGCGCGCUGCACUGCGCCUUCUACCUCGCCGGGAUCCCUCUGGAGCAGAGAUUGCAGAUCCUCAUGGACCUCAUCCGGAGCGUCAGGAGCCGGAACUUCGGGAUCCUCCACCCAGCCUUCAGCUUGAGCAAGUACAUCCGAGACGGUCUCCACAGACACCUCCCCGACAACGUCCACCAGCUACUCUCCGGCAAGAUGGUCAUCUCACUUACCAGAGUGUCCGACGGAGAAAACGUGCUGGUGUCGGAGUUUCAUUCCAAAGAUGAAGUCGUGGACGCCUUGUGUUGUUCCUGCUACAUCCCUGUCGUCUUUGGCUUGAUCCCCCCUUCCUUCAGAGGCGUGCGAUAUGUGGAUGGAGGAAUAAGUGAUAACUUACCCUUCAUUGAUUCCAAAACAACCAUCACUGUGUCCCCCUUCUAUGGGGAGAGCGACAUCUGCCCCAGAGUCAAGUCCACGUUCUUACUUCACGAAGGCUUCACCAAGCUCAACAUGCACUUAUGCACAGAGAACCUCUACCUGAUGUUCCAGUCGCUCUUCCCCCCGGACGUCAAGGUGCUUGGAGAGCUGUGCCUUCAAGGAUAUUUAGAUGCGCUCAGGUUCUUGGAGAAGAAUGGCAUCCGUGACGGGCCCCAUCUGUGCCUGAGUGCAUCCCCAGAAGAGUUGGAGCCAGAGGCGGAGCCAAAGGCGGAGCCAGAGAGCCUGGAGCCUUUUCUGGGCGUGGCCUCCUGGGAGGCGUGGCCUGAGCGAGAGGAGCUGCUGGCACACGUGCGCCUCGGCGCGCUCUCCUGGGACAAGAGCCUCCUGGAGACCCUGACGCCCAAGCUCACCAUGGCACUGAGGAAGGCAAUCAGAAACCGAGAUGGGUACAUAAACAAGAUUUUCAACUUCUUACCGAUUAAGAUCAUGUCCUAUGUGAUGCUGCCCUGCACGCUGCCCGUGGAGUCUGCCAUCGCUGUGGUCCAGAGACUGGUGACGUGGCUUCCAGACAUGCCCAGUGACAUCCAGUGGCUGUGGUGGGCCACCUCCCAGGUGUGUUCUCAGGCCAUGGUGCAUCUGCUCCCCACUUCCAGAUCCCAAAUCCCAGCAAGUGGCCAACGGCCUUUCUCCACAAACCGCAACACCGUGGGCGCCGCCAGGCUCCCUGCUCCUCCGAGGACCCACAGAGGCCAGAGCUGA